AUGGCCCGGCCUGGCGCCUGCGAGCCCCAGAGCGCGCUGCUGGCCAAGAUAGUGAUGGCCGGGGAGGCCGACGUGGGCAAGACCUCCAUCCUGAGGCGAUACACCCAGGCCUCGCAGCCCGCCUCCUUCAUCACCACCGUCGGUAUUGAUUUUAAAGUAAAAACAGUUUCAUUAAAUGAUACAACAUUGAAACUUCAGAUAUGGGACACUGCUGGCCAAGAACGAUUCCGUACGAUGACUACUAGUUAUUUCCGUGGAGCACAUGGAUUUGUUCUUGUCUAUGAUGUCACAAAUACAGAAAGUUUUCAAGGAAUUGCACAUUGGAUGAAAGCUAUAUAUGAGAAAGCAGAUGAAAAUGUAGAAGUGAUACUAUUGGGAAACAAGUGUGAUAAUGAGGCAGAACGUGCAAUUCCAAAACACAGAGGAGAAAAGCUGGCGUGGGAGUAUGGGGUACCCUUUUUUGAGACCAGUGCGAAGAACAAUGUAAACAUUGAACAUGCCUUUUCAGUACUAGCCCAAGAAAUAUUGGACAAGAGCUCCUGCAUACCACUGAGGCCAGAUGUGGUAGACCUAAGUGGAAAUGCACAAAAAAGAACUUGCUGCAAAUUAUGA